GAUAUUAGAUUUUUGUUGUCUUCAGCCCAAGAGCCACUGGAAAGACAGGCAGAUGUGAUUGAAUACUUCCCUUCUCCAGACAGACAGACACGGCGCGGAGAAGGAGCUCCAAACACCGAUCUUUCACAGACUGACACCAAAAAAGGGUGUUCAAGCCUCCAUGGGAAACUGAAUGAGACAUUCUGCACGAGAGGAGCAGAAGAAGAAGGACAGGCUUGGGUAGAUAGAGGGGGAUAUUAAAUAAGGAGGAGUGACUGGCACCUGCCCUACAGCUCUCUUUGAAGGGCAGGAAAUAGAAACGAAAGAAAGGAGUGACCAGAAAAGAGGAAAAAAAGGGAGAGAGUGGGGGAAAGAGAGAAUGAAGACAAUUGGAAUCCAAGGGUUUCCUCUUGGUGUCUGUCACUCGCACUAGAAUUUUGGACCCUGGAACCAGGAAGUAUGACAAGCAGGAAGUUGCUCUUAUUGGUCUCCCUUUUCUUGUGGGAGGAGUUUGGCAGGGCGGGGUCUGCGGUCAAGGUGGUCCGGAGGAGAGGACUGAGCGGGCAGCGUUCACUUAAACCCGAGGGCAAGGUUCUGGCUGACCAAUGGGAAGAAAGCCCUGAAAAAGUCGGCUUGGCAACAAGAAAUCUCAAGGACUUGCUUGCCCGCGACCAGGCCGAGCGCAGCGACCUUUCGGUCAUAAAGAAGCUCUCGCAGAACCACGCCACUCACCCCCUACUCACAAAACGUGAGGAUGGCCAGAGUUUUGGGGUAAAACUAGACGGAUUGGACUCUGCAGUGCACGGACUGUCUGGAAGCAACGAGGCGGCUCUGGAACCGAGGAAGAGCAGGAAUGGCACCAGGGGCGCUGACAGUUCCCUCCCUAAACCUGGGAGAACUGAUAAAGGUCUGCCCAUUCAUCACAAGAUAGACUUUGGCCUCCACCCAAACAGAACCCGAACCAAGUCCCUGGCCAGGUCCGGUGCCAGAGCGGGGUCUGCUGUCCAUCCUGGCCAGACCCCCAAGGGCCUCUCGCUGGAGUCGCCCAGGAAACUCAACCUGACCGGCAGCUAUGGCGUGCUAAAGCUGAUCUCCAAGGAGAACCUGGUGCGGAUCGUGAACUCCCAGCUGCAGAGCAUGGUGGGAUUGAAUUUCCAGGGCAAGGCCAGUCGCAGCAGGAAGAGGGAUCUGAUUGAUGUGGACCAUAGCCUGCCGACGGCCUCGAAGGUGAAGCGGCAGGACCGGGCGGUGGCCUCGGAUCUCUAUGGCGUCCCGGACAAUCAAACAGAGGAGCUGCACAUGAGCGCGACGUCCCACGUCAACCUCAACACCGAGCAGGCCGCGCACAGCCUCUGGAAGCCAGUCAGCGAGUUCUCCUCCUCGGACUCUGUCAUUGGCCGGCCCAGCGAGCGGGCCUCACCAAAAGGUCAGCUCGUCACGGAAACCUGGAGCAGCAGCAGCAGUGGUGUCGUUGGCGGCAAGCGGCUCAGCGCGCACCUGGCGUCCACCCCUCAGGCGGAGGUCCUGAACACCGUGAGGGACGCGUCCUUCGGCUACAGUGACACCCAGGCCAUGCUCCGCAGCGGGACGUCCAACUCGCCCCAGCGCUCUGACGGCGCUUCUCCCUCCGUCUACACCCUGGACCCGUGGGGAGUGCGGAGCGUGAGCGGCGGAGGCAAGAGAGAGAGGGGAGGUGCCCCCGUGGAGGACGAGGUGGACGAGGAGAGGGAGGUCAAGGAGUACACGAACAAAAACGAGGCGCUGGAGGAGAGCAUCCAGCCUCCGGAGCUAGAGUCCAGCGUGACCCAGGACCCCGUGUGGGCCGUGGCCGAGCGGCCCAACAGCAGCCACGUCCUCAAGCUGCGGCCCGAGACCGAGUGGGCGGCAGGGAAGACAGGCACUGGUGGCGGCGGCAGGAUGGGUCACGGACUGAUGUUUGAAGAGGCGGAGGAGGUCGAUGAGGACAACAAUGAUGAUGAUGACGAUGAUGAUGCCGGUAAUGAGGGCAGAGGCCACAACGAAGGCGGCGGGAAACGUUCUCGCAGCAGGCGAAGCUGGAUCUGGAACCAGUUCUUUGUGAUCGAGGAGUACACUGGCCCAGAACCUGUGCUCAUCGGACGGCUCCACACAGACAUGGACCGGGCUGACGGCCGCACACGCUACAAGCUGCGUGGGGAUGGUGCCGGCUCUGUGUUUGUCAUCGACGAGAAGACGGGCAACAUCCACGUCACCAAACCCCUGGACCGCGAGGAGAAGGACGAGUACCGCCUAAUCGCCACAGCGACCGACCGACAGACCGACCGGGCGCUUGAGCCCUCGUCCACUUUCAUCAUCCGCGUGCAGGACAUCAACGACAAUCCGCCCAUUUUCGAGGAGGCACCCUACAGUGCCACUGUGCCAGAGAUGGCGAACAUAGGCACCUCCAUUAUCCAGGUGACAGCUACUGAUGCGGACGACCCCACCUACGGCAACAGCGCGCGGCUGGUGUACACGCUGGUCCAGGGGCAGCAGUAUUUCUCCGUGGAUCCCCAGACAGGGAUCCUUCGCACAGCUGUUCCUGACAUGGACCGGGAAACUCAGGAUCAGUAUUUGGUUGUCCUACAGGCCAAGGACAUGGGGGGCCAUCUUGGAGGUCUCUCAGGAACCACCACAGUUACUGUGCACCUGAGCGAUGUGAACGACAAUCCACCACGUUUUUCACAGAGUAUGUGGUCAUUCUCCGUGUCGGAGUUGGCAGUGCCGGGAGCGGAGGUGGGCCGUAUCUCGGCAACAGAUGCCGACCUGGGCGAGAAUGCCAAGCUGGAGUACACCAUCCUGGAGGGCGAGACGGGGGACAUCUUCAACAUCACCGGCAUAAACCAGGAGGCCAUCAUUGUCCUCAACAAGCCGGUGGACUAUGAGAGCCGCAGCUCCUACUCGUUCUCGGUGGAGGUCCUGAACCCCAUGGUGGACCCUCGCUUCCCUGCGCCCGGGUUCUUCAAGGACCGAGCCUCCAUCCGCGUAUCUGUGCUGGACGCCGACGAGCCGCCACGCUUCUCCCGCACCCGCUAUCGGCUGGACGUGUCUGAGAACUGCCCGCCUGCCUGCACUGUGGGUCGGGUCAGCGCGGUGGACCCGGACACUGGGCUCAACACGAACAUCAGGUUCUCCAUUGACCCCCAGUCGGACCCUGAGGCUCUGUUCCACAUCACACCGGAUACAGGCCUCAUCACCACGGCAGCCGAGCUGGACCGUGAGCGCGAGCAGUGGCACAACAUUACGGUCAUCGCCAUGCAGAGAGACAGUCCAAGCCAGGUGUCCAGGGUGGUGGUUGCCAUAGAGACGCUGGACCUCAAUGACAACGCGCCCGAGCUGGACCGCCAGUACACAACGGCCGUGUGCGACUCCACGGCUGCCGGACAGGUGGUGCAGGUGUUGCGGGCGAUUGAUAGAGACGAAGGGGGGAAUGACAGCACCGUCCAUUUCAACAUCCCUCCAGAGUCCGGCACUGCCCUCAACUUCACCAUCAGGGAGAGUGGAGGUCCCACGGCCAGCCUGGUGCUGGUGUCCCCGCUGCAGACGCUCUCCCGCUCGCCAUCCUCGUCGCUGACCCUCCACGUGCCCCUCGUCCUGCGUGACGGCGCCUCGGGCAUGACCAACACGGGCACGGUGACGGUGACGGUGUGCCCGUGCUUGCGCGGCGGGGCACGUGCCAGCGAGAAGGAGCGCCAGCAGGAGGCGGAGGGCAGCGAGUGGGAGCGCGAGGCCGUCUGUCUGCCCCAGCCGUCCUCCUCGCCCUCCCCGGGCCUCAGCACCGCCGCCCUGCUGGCCAUCCUGGCCUGCGUGGCCACCCUGCUGGCUGUCAGCGCUCUCUCGCUCUCGCUGCGGCGGCAGAAGCGUGACUCGCUCUCGCCGCUGGAGGAGGACGACGUUCGCGAGAACAUCAUCACCUACGACGACGAGGGCGGCGGCGAGGCCGACACGGCCGCGUUCGACAUCGCCGCGCUGCAGAGCGCACCUCACAGCGUGCGCAGGGGAUACCGCACCCUCGACAGCAGGAACAUACGGUACUCGCAGCACGUGCAGGAUAAGAGCCGUACCUACAGCUGGGCACAGGCUGGGGCUGGCGGGGGCGCAGGGGCGCUGGAGCCGGCCUACUCGGCCUCGGUGGCGCCCCUCUACGGACGCCUCUGCUACAGCAGCCAGACGCUGCCGGUGCUGCGCCGUGGACAGGGCCCGCUGGAGCCCGGCGCCGCUGAGCUCGGGGGCUACCGCAUCCCCGGCGGCCCACCCGACCACUCGCUGGUCAUCCAGAACCAGGGUGCCAUGGUGGGCACGCUGGAGCACUGCGCCAUGUACGGGGAGCCUGGCGGCGGCGGCAGUCCCAGAGAGGGCACCACGUCUCAGGACGGAGCAACGGCGUCGGAGGGGGGGACGCCACGGACCAACGACAGCAAGGAGAGACUGGGCGGAGGGACAGGGACGGACUCCAGUAGUGACGCCCAGCAAAGCCAAGACCUGGACUGGAAGCGCGCCCUCAUCCUUCCCCUGACUGACCCGCUCCUUCCUGCCCGUCCCCUUCAGGUCCAGCCGGAGCAGCAGACGCUGGUGCUGACCCGCUCCGGUUCGCUGGCGGGCACCGCCACCGGCAUCGCGGCAGGCGGCUGGCUGUGCGACUCGGCCACGCUACCGCUGGCCGGACGUCGGGCCUCCCGUGCCGACUUCUCCCCGAAACGCGGCAGCAUCGCCACUGCCGGAGGGCCCUCGGAGCCCGUGCUGGACGGCGGUGGCGGAGUCAAGGAGACCCAGACGCAGUCGCUCAGCCGCAACUACGCCACGGUGGUGCCCGUGGACGGGCCGAGGGACUACAUGGGCAGCCUGGGCCGUGGUGGGGGCUUGGAGAUGGGCAGCAGCUUCGUGGUGGCACGGCCCGAGAGGGAAGGGGGCAUCCCGCUGUCAGGGCCGCCCUGCGGGGGUCUGUACCCGGACGGCGGGGCGUUCAUGGCGGACUGGCGGGAGCGGGUGGGCCUGGGAGGAGGAGGAGGGUACGUGCUGGCCAGGAGGGAUAUGACGCCCCAGCUACUGCCGUUCCCCGGUCAGGGCCGAGGCAGGGCGGCAGCGGCGGCAUUCGGAGCGGUGCUGGGCUACGGCGGCGGUGGCGGCUGGGGCUCGGGGCCAGAGGCAGGCAGGGCGGCGGCGGGGGGAGCAGGCGGGGGUCAGUCUCUGGCCCUGCGCGUGGGCGAGUUCCUGCGCCUGCGUCUGGCCCAGGUCACCUUCGACCCCUCGCAGCCGCCGUACGACUCGGUGCAGGUGUACGGCCUGGAGGGCACGGGCUCGCGGGCCGGCUCGCUCAGCUCGCUGGAGAGCGAGGGCGACAAGGAGCCCGACAAGGAGGAGUGGGGCAAAGGCAUGGAGGAGUGGGGGCCCCAGUUCCACAAGCUCGCCCUGCUCUUCCGCGAGCGGGAGAAAGAGAGAGGAGACAAGAAAGGCAACGAGGAAGAGACAGAGCCGAAGGAGGGGAACCAGGACAGGGAGAAGGAGACGAGGGCGAGCGAGGAGGCCAAGGACUGAGGGGAAGGGACAGCGAGGGAGAGAGGGAAUGAGAAGGGGAGGGGGAGAGGGGAGAGAGAGAGAGGUGAGAGGAUGAUUAAGAAGCAACAUGAAAAGAGAGGGCGAAGGAGAGUGAGAUGAAGAGGGAAAGUAAUGGGAGAGGACAAAGAAAAACGAGCAGAGGCUAGUGGCGGUGAGGCAGGGGCCGAGGGAGAGAGUGAUUGAUGCAAUUUAAAGCAAUAAGUGUUGAAAGGCUUGAUGUGAGCACAGACAAGAAGACAUGGUGCUUCUCUAUUGCGUAUUUACUGUUUGUUAAGUGUUCUGGACACCCGAUGAAAACAAGGAUUCAAAGCCUCCUAGACAGUAUUUAAUUAUGCUCUGCAUGGAGGGAGAUGGAGAUGGAGGGAAAGAGACAGAGGGAGGGAGAGAGGGUGAAAACAAGAUUGCAAGAGAAAGCCUGUGAGAGGGAUUGAGAGAUUGAGAGUGACUAAGACCUUAGAUAAUGUUUCUGGGGCAUUGCGAGACAAAAGCAACCACAGGGGAGCCACAGAAACUAGAGUAGCACACGGUGGAUAAGAAAAGUAAUAAGAAACAAUGGCAUGGGAGGGAAGGGAGAUUUGUCCAGAAUCUGUUGCUUUUAUACAUCCUACUGACAGUAAAGUGAAUAAUUCAGUUUGCCAUGUCAGUCCUAAAGGAAGCUAUAAAUAUUUAAACAUUAAAGGAAAUAAACGUCUGUUCCUUUUGAAUAGGAUCAGAGAAAUCCACAGUGGGGAGACGUGCUGUUUCAGUGGAUGUCAACACCCAUAAUGUUUCCCUGCAAAAUUUGCUGUAAUAAUAGGCACGCACCCCCAACACAUGCACAAUUUAACAACAGACACACACACACACACACACACACACGGAUAUUACAAAAUCCCGAGAAGGCUGUAUCCAAUCUUGGCCUUGCAAAACUUGCUAUUGGAGAUGUCUCCCAUUUCAGACCUGCAGGAACUGCAUUGCAUUGCAUACUGUUAAAGCAUUGAUUGUACUCAAUAAGUCACUAAAGCAAAAAAGUGAAAUUAGUUUGUUUUUGUGGAGUGAUUCAGUGCAUCUUUGCCGCGUCCUUCAAUGUAGAACAUGUAUAGUUUGUAGGCAAUGAGAUCAAGUAGUCUUUUGCAAUCAGUGCCACAGAACUCUCCACCGCUGAUGUUGAAAUGGAAUUCCAUGACGUGCUGAUUAUUCUAAACAAAUUGGAACCGAUGGACCCUCGGACCUGCAGAGCCAGAUGGAAUCGGAAUGCAAAUGGACUUGGAGACUAAAACUGGAAAGCACUUUUCUACAUGUGAAGUUCGAUGAUAGAUCUGAAAAUAUUGUGUUUUUUUAUCAUCAUAAAAGAUAAUCAAGGCAAUCACAAUGUUCUAUGUAAAUGUAAUUCAAAUGUCACUGAAUGCCAUUGUGAACAAUGUAAUGACUGUAUUGUUGACGUUUCAAAAGCAUAGCAGGAAAGAGGAAGUGAUAGGGGGAAAUGUCACAUUAAGAGCCAUGCCAGUACCACUGUUCCUGACUCACGUUAAGCUGAAUUUAAGUGUUCCCCUCACUGUGCACCUGUGUGCUCUCCGUCCUAUGCUGGUGUUACACAUAGCCAACGCCUGUCCAAACCAUAGAUACUGAAACGCUAUAGAUUGGCCACAUUACCGUGAUUACAGUUUUCUAUUUAGCCUGGGUACGCUGUCUAAUACUGCUAUGGAUACCAUUGAUUUUCUAAUGAGCACGCAAAGCUAUCUUUUGGCUGUAAUUAUUUCAGUGCUGACUGAAUGAUUGAAUAUCCAGCAAAUGCAUCAUUAAAGGUUCUCCAUGGUUGCAUUCACUCUUGAGUCCGAGAUGGAGCAAAUUAUUGAUGGAAAUUGCAGUGUCCGGUCUAUGCUUUUCUAUGUCUAGGGUUCAAGAAAACCCAUUUGGACUGAGCUGAACCCUUCACUCCCAAGUGGCCCUGUCUGACAUGCAUUUCCUGUUAUUAACACAGAUUUUGUACACACGUCAGUUAUUUAGAUGCAGAAAUUGUACCCUACACACUAUAUGUUGCAGGAUUUUGUUUCAAUACUCUUCCACCCUAUUUUGCUUGGCUUAUGCAUUUCAACAGACUAUGUACAAAAUGCUCAGUGAAUGGAUAUUGAAGUGCUUUUGCUAGGGGGAGUAUCUGAUUGUACUCCCUUUCAGAACUCCUCUCUCCAGCAGCAGGCCCACCUGCCUGCCAUGGGCAGAUUACAGAGCCGUCUGAUGCUGUAUGUGUUUGAAAUUUUAAACACUCAUGGCUGCCUGCAGUUGCCAAUUCCUCACCGAGUUCACGUUUCAGAUUUUUCUGUGUGAAUACCAACGUUGAAUGGCUAGAUGGUACAGUGUGUUUGUGUGUGUGUGUGUGUGAAAGAGAGAGAGAGAGAUCACAGACACUGCUGGCACAGGAUCUCCCCUGGCUUGGACCAGUGAAAUGGGCGACAGAGUCUCUGAUCUGUGUUUAGCCGACUGAUGGACCUUUCAUCCAAGACCCUGACCUUGCUCAGACCCGACUGAACCUCUGUGUUUCACUGUGUACCUGACCGGACCAAACCAGAACCACUGCAUUAUUGUGCACAACCACGGAGGGGUGGAAUGGGCGUCAGAGCCUUUGGACUCCACAGGGUGUUGACCUGGGCAUGAGAUCAACCACUCUCCCUGAGAGAAUAGUGUGUAUGUUGUUGGAAGAAACUCAUAGCUUUUCAAUUAGACCACCAGCAAAACAAACAUUUUUGCUUGUACUUCUGCUAAAAAAUAGUGAUUGAAUGAGCAAGCAACAAGUCUGCUAUUAAAAAACGGUUCCAGUGUGAUUUCGAAAUCAUCUUUAUUCAAAUGGGUUCUUAUUAAAUGUGAACUAUUCAUUGAACUCUCCAAAAAUGUGAUUAACAUCUUGUGUGAAUCUGUGAUGUGUUGCUCCUAGAGCUUCCUACACCACAGCCCCACCCUGGAGUCAAAAAAUAGUUCAGGCUCUUCAGUUGGUAUCAAACAAAUUGUAAUGGUGACCUGAAGUCCUUCAGCAAGGCAGUUUAUUGGCUUAGACAAACAUAUUUUCAUAACAGCUAUCCUUUUUGCACACUACUUAGUUAUUGAAUAAGCAGAACAGCGAACUUCAGGCAGAGGAGGUGUGUGUGUGUGUGUGUUAGUCAGGGUCUCAUUGGAAGGGGGGACCACUGACCUUGAACCCCCUGUAGAGGUCACAAGGCUCUGACUCCUUUGGGUAUUGUACUGCUCCUGCACGAUGUAAGAGGGGCUCUUUUGUGAAGCUAGAAAAAAAAUCACAAUGGCGUACUGAAUAAAGUGUAUUUAUUCUGUUGUAUUUUUCUUUUAUUCCUUUUUCUUUUUUGUAAAAAUUGAAUAAAGAUGCUAAGUUUGGAAA